UGCUGUCUUUUGCUAUUUCAAAGAUGCUUCCUUUAUUUAUUUAAACAAGAAAAGAAUUAAUUCACAUUAUAUGUGUAGCAUUAGCAUGCCAUUCUGAAUGCAAUUGGGGAAAUCGGUGUUAAUUUUACUCUUCACAGUUUGGGUUUGCUGUUUAGAACCACAGCAGCCCUUUGGAAACCUUGGACCAGCAGGGCAAAGUCCUUAUUCAGUGUUUGACAUUUGAUGCCUCUGGUUUUAUAAAGCUCUAUGGCUUUCUUUGUCGGGUUGGAUAAUGUAUUAUAUUUUCCUGUCUCUCAACAGCAUUAAUCCACCAGUUGCCAAUCUUUAUUGAUAAUCUAUAUACAUAACAUUUCAACUUCUCUCUAUCUCGAUCCCUUUCACUCCAUUAACCACGGUGCUUCUUGUAAAUGGCGUAGAAACCACCCACUGUUUCCAGCAAGCAGGUUACUGAGAACCCUACAUUAAAAUAGUCCAUGAUCCAUUAUGUUCAACAUAGUCACGGAUCUGUAAAUGUCUACAUGAUUCAUACCUCCUGUGCUUACUGAUUGUGGCGUCAAGAUCUCGCUCAAUAUUUACAUGUAUGUGAGUUGUUAUAUGAAGCACAGAUCAAUGAAAGUUGAAAUGUAACUGCCAGCUCAGUGCCAGACUUUAAGAGAGGACAGUUUUCCUUUUGACCAUUUGUGGUUUUCUCUCAAUUUAGAACCGGAUAGUAGUUUUCCAGGUAUGUUCAAUUUUCUUGUACUAUUGCGCAUAACAUACACUGUAAAUUAGCUUGGAUAUAUGCAGUUUAAACUAAAAUGUUGAGAAUAUUUAGCUUUUGAAGAUGUGUAUACAGCAUGAGCAGUAAUCAGAAGAAGUAAAUAAGGUUCAAAACUGGCUCAAGCAACAUUUACUGAAUGGUUCAUAGUGUGUUAUGCAGAGAGUGAGUUGAGCUAUUACUAUUAAUAUAGAUGCAUUUUUGAUGUACGUUCGGUGUUGUACAGAGACUGACAUUUGCUUUAAGUUAGACCAAAUUUAGUAUUUUGCACCACUGAAACGAAAUGUUAACUAUUUUGAUAAUUUUUAUCCCCCACUGGCCAAAAGGCCCAAAGGGAGAUUAUGUUGUGGCGAUAUCUGUCCGUCUGGUACUCACUUUCUGAAAUCAACUCCUCUCACAGUUUUUGGAGGAAUUUCACGAACUUUGACAGGAUUCUUUGUUAUAUGUUGGUAAUACACAUAUUGCAAUUUCAUUCAAUUCAGUCGCAUUGUACCAGAGUUAUGGCAUACAGUAGUUGCCAGCGGGAGAUAUUGUGCUCUCAGAGCACUCUUGUUCCUCAUAUUGUUAAAAUAAUAGAUUGUAGUCCUCAGUUAUUUAGGAAUUUGUUACUAUAAAAUACUAAGAUGGCAAUCGAUUAAAUCUUUACACACAACAUCACUUAAAUUUGUCAGAAUAACCUCUCUAAUAUAAAUACAAUUCUGGCUGUGUAUUCUGUUCCGAGUUAGUACACCAUACUGCUUCCAAUAAAUUACUGAGCCUGAAAUGAAAUUUCAUAUGCGUAUACUGCUCGUAUAAUCUGCUUCACUGUAAAACUUGUGAUUUCAGACUUGCUGUUAGGACAUGGCUUUAAGAUUAUUUGUACUCCUUUUCUUCUGUUGCUACCAACAAGGCUGGAUGGAGGAUGUCAUUUCAGAGGAUAAAAAGGUCUCUGUGAGUCCUCUCACACCCCUGAUUAACAGCAGUCACAGAACAGAUGUAGUAAGCUCCAACGUGUCCCACACAGACAAAUUAACUCCAGAUGGCUUUGAUAUCUCUACCUCCACUGCUGAAAAUGCUGAGAACUCCUCAGAGGAAGACUUGGAUGAGUUGGGUGGUCCUUUGAAUUCUAAAGAACAUCAUCAGGCCAUAGGGAGGGGGAUUAUGAAAUUUGGUCUGGAGCUAUUGGAGAACCUGAAGACAGAUCCCAAACAAUCUAAUAUUAUUAUCUCCCCCCUCAGUGUGUCUUUGGCUCUCUCUCAGUUGGCUCUGGGAGCAAGGAAUGACACACAAGAGCUCCUCCUUAAACACCUACAUGCUGAUACAGUGCCAUGCUACCACAAAGCACUGAAAAGCCUUCUCCGCCAUGUCCGCAAAAAUGCCCUGCAAAUCGCCAGCCGCGUCUACCUUGCUGAUGGAUUUAAGCCAAACCCGGAGUUUAUCGAAGAGUCUCUCAAAGUGUAUGAUUCAAAGCCUGCAACCUUGACUAAUUUGGAGAAGAUCAAUGAGUGGGUAAAGAACUCCACAAAUGGUUACGUGACAGACUUCCUGUCCAGUCUCCCUCCUAACCUUGUCAUGAUGCUCAUCAAUGCUGUGCACUACAAAGGAGAGUGGCUCCGGCGUUUUGACCCUCACUUUACUUCCAGUGAGCCUUUUUAUAUUGAUGAAAAACAAAUAGUCAAUGUUGACAUGAUGCUUGGGCCAAAAUACCCACUCAGCCUUUUCAACCAUCAUGAACUUGAUGCGCAGAUUGCUCGUUUCCCGUUCAAAGGGAAUACGAGCCUGAUUAUAAUAAUACCCAUAAUAGGAUCGGUUAACGUGUCGGCGAUUGCAGCUAAACUCAAUAUCUUGGAUCUAUAUAAUCACUUCCCACGAAAGAGAAGUAUGCAGGUUAAACUUCCCAAAUUCAAACUGGAUUUUACUCAGGAACUUGAAGAGGCCCUGACAAGCAUGGGUCUAGGGAAGCUGUUCUCAAGUCCUAAUCUGAGUGGUAUUUCAGAGGGACCCCUACUGGUCUCCAGUGUACAGCACAAGUCCAGCUUUGAGAUAAAUGAAGAGGGUGCAGAGGCUGCGGCUGCAACCAGUGUAGCAAUCAGCCGCUCAAAUCUCUCUUUCACAGUCAACCAGCCUUUUUUCUUGGCCCUUAUAGACGAUUCCACUCAAACACCACUGUUUCUGGGAGUUAUUUCAAACCCGAACCCUGGCGGAACUCCUGUAACAUUAGGUCAACCCACUUUGGAUAAAGGAGUGUUUCCUAGUACAAAGUAUUUUGGCAAGCCACCCAAGUAAGGGUGCUUAUUUAUAUCUUUAGCACUGGCCUGCAUCCAAAUGGCCAAUCAAGACCUGUAACAUAUCUAGGCUUGGUUAAAAUCUGUUUAAUGGACUUGUUACAAAUAUGGCAAUGACAUAUAUUGGAAUUUUUAAAAGUUUCUUUUUACCCUAUAUAUAAAUGACUUUUCUGCUCAGAGCCAAGCUUAC